CAAUUGUGCGUUUUAGAAGCCAAAACAAACGCGUUCGUUCACAUUAUAAACAAUCAUUAUCACCGCCGGCGACACAAACUGACCGGUCCUCUCGUUACCAUCAGCGCCAAAACACGGUCCCGCCUUCGCUGAUUCUCGGGGUUUUGGUGAAUGCACAGUUGAUGGGACAUUGAUGGAGUCUCUGCAAAAUAGAGUAGAGACGUGGAUCAGAGACCAGAGUGCCAAGAUCUUGAAGGUCCAAUGGCCGACACGGAUGGUUGUCAGGUGGCCUUGGGGCACCGGACGGGAGCAGAGGAAGAGGAUUCAAGAGGAGUAUCAGCGGAGGAAGAAACAGUUAAAUGAUCUUUGUCUGUCUCUGAAGGCAGAAUCGGUCUCCGAUUUGCAGGAAGUUCUCUGCUGCAUGGUGCUUUCCGAGUGCGUUUAUAAGAAACCUGCUUCAGAGAUGCUUAGAGCCGUGAAUAAAUUUAAGGAAGACUUUGGGGGUCAAGUUGUUUCUAUAGAGCGUGUGCAGCCUUCUUCAGAUCAUGUUCCUCACAGGUAUUUAUUGGCAGAAGCUGGUGAUACAUUAUUUGCAUCUUUCAUAGGGACCAAGCAAUACAAAGAUGUAAUUGCCGAUGCAAAUAUACUUCAGUGUGCUAUAUUUCAUGAAGAUGACGGAGAUGUGGAUUUGCAUGAAAUUGACAUCUCCCAUUCUAUACAAGCUGAUUAUUUGAAGACGAAUGUUGAGACCCUUUCCAAGUUCUCUGAAGCAAAAACUAAGUCCCCAAAGUUGAGACCUAAACCUGCUGCUCAUCGGGGAUUCAUGGCUCGUGCUAAAGGGAUUCCAGCAUUGGAAUUAUACAGGCUUGCUCAAAAGAAGAAACAAAAACUUGUCUUGUGUGGUCAUUCGCUAGGUGGAGCUGUUGCAGCCUUGGCUACCCUUGCCAUUUUGAGGGCUAUUGCCACUUCUCCAUCAAUGAAGGAACAAGAAGGAAUUCAAGUCAAGUGCAUCACAUUUUCUCAGCCUCCAGUUGGGAAUGCUGCCUUGCGAGAUUAUGUGAACAUAAAAGGGUGGAAGCGUCACUUUAAGACCUACUGUAUACCUGAAGAUCUGAUACCUCGCAUUCUGUCUCCAGCAUAUUUUCAUCAUUAUACUGCACGAUCUCUUGUUCCACCUGAGGAAGGAUUUAAGAUAGGGAAAACAGAAAAGCUGAAGGAGAAUGAAGAGGAGAAGCUGGUGUUAGGUUUAGGCCCCGUGCAGACUUCAUUUUGGAGACUUUCUAGGCUUGUUCCUUUAGAAGGAAUGAGAAAGAAAUUUAGUAAAAAUAAAAGGACAGAAGUUGGUUCAAUUGAGUCAUCUUCAGCUGCUGUUGCUUCAAUGACAUCAGCACUUCAAGAUGUUAUGACUGCUCCACAAUCACUUGAAAUUCAGGAAGGUUCUAAUGGUAUUUCUCUUAAGCCAUUUAUGGGAACUGAAAGAAUGCCUCAAGCUGAUGCAAAAAAUGGCUUAUCAAACAGAAAGACUGAUGCCAGCAUGGAGGAAGACAAAAGAUGGCUUCAAAUGUCCUUACCUUCAUAUGUACCAUUUGGCCAGCUCUAUCUUCUGGGAAAUUCAUCUGUGGAAUCACUAUCUGGAGCAGAAUACUCAAAAUUAACAUUGGUUAGAUCUGUGAUCACUGAAUUAAGGGAACGAUUUCAGUCUCAUUCAAUGAAGUCAUACAGAUCACGAUUUCAAAGGAUAUAUGACCAGUGCAUGAAUGAUGACACUUCAUCAUUUUUGGGGGUGGAGCAACUUCAGCAUUUUCCACAUUUACAAAAGUGGUUAGGCCUUUCAAUUGCAGGGACCGUUGAACUUGGGCAUAUAGUUGAGUCUCCAGUUGUUCGUGCAGCCACUUCCAUUGUUCCUCUUGGAUGGAGUGGUAUCACGGGUCAGAAGAAUGGGGAACCUCUAAAAGUAGACAUUACUGGUUUUGGACUUCACCUUUGCACACUGGUUAGAGCGCGAGUAAAUGGGAUAUGGUGCUCAACCACCUUAGAAUCCCUUCCCUCUUCACCAACUCAUGCCUUAGAUGGUGGAUUACAGCCAGAUAUACAGAAGAUGCGGGUGUUAAUUGGACCUCCAUUACGUCAGCAGCCAAAAGAUCAGAUGAGAGAAGAAUCCUUCUUUCCUCUCUUUCCUUCUAUCCAUCCUGACUCUAUUGGUGUUAAAAUAGAUCAGAAUGAGCUCAAUCCCUUUCAAUUCCAAGAGGCAAAAUUCAUAUGUCCCAAAGGAUUGGACGAUUUUGUGGUGUUCUGCACAAGUGAUUUCUCGACUGUGUCCAAGGAGGUUUGUGUUAGAACACGCAGAGUGCAUUUGAUCGGCCUUGAGGGUUCAGGGAAAACUUCUCUUUUGAAGGCAAUUUUGGCUCAAGAUGGACAAAAUGCUACUGCCAUUGCCAAAGUUGAAAGUCUGCAGAUGGAUGUAGACGUCAGAGAAGGCAUUGCUGGUGGCUUGUGCUAUUCAGAUUCUGUAGGAGUAAAUUUGCAGGAUUUAAAUGCAGAGGUCUCUAAUUUCAAAGAUGAGCUAUGGAAGGGAAUUUGUGAUCUAAGCAAAAAGAUAGAUUUGGUUCUUGUAGUUCACAACCUUUCUCACAGAGUGGCAAGGUACAGUCAGGAGCCAGCUCUUUCGUUAGUUCUGCAUGAAGCUAAAUCCCUUGGCAUCCCAUGGGUGCUUGCGGUUACAAACAAGUUUUCAGUUAGUGCACACCAGCAAAAAGCAGCAUUAGAUGCUGUUCUCAAAGCAUAUGAAGCAUCUCCAAGCAUAACGGGGGUUGUGAAUUCCUGCCCAUAUAUAAUGCCAAGUGCAUCAACCGAUCACACUUCCUCCCCAUGGUCUGAUGAUGAUGGGAAGAUGAGGACGAGGGUUCCACAAAAUUUUGUAACUUCUUCGAUGGAGCUAAUCAGAAGGCCUUUCCAAAAGAAGGCAGCUGUUCUCCCAGUAGAGGGUGUGUCUGCUCUAUGUCAGGUCAUUCACUGUGCACUGCAAAGACACGAGGAGGCAGCCCGGCAGGAACUUGCACAAGAGAGGCUUGUAUUGGAGACAGAAAGAGAGAAUGCUAUGAUGGCAGCUCAAGCUGCCCGGGCAAAGGCAAAUUCAUUGAGUGCUGCGGCUGUGGGGGCUUCUCUUGGUGCCGGCCUUGGUCUUGUGCUAGCAGUUGUCAUGGGUGCUGCCUCUGCUUUGAGGAAACCCUAACCCUUACUACCGUGACCUAUCAAACCUCAUUUUUGUUACAUUCCUCCUUGUGCAUACAUAUUAAUAAUAUAGUUUAACUCUCUUUGAUGAUCUUGAGGCUUUCUUAUUCAUUCAUUGCACCCAUAAUUUAUUGUAUCUUGUAGGUAAUAAUAGUUUUUGAGCGAAUUAUCGUCCACAUUUUUAGUCUUUUAGGCCCCUAUUUGGCUUGGGUAUAAGUUAGGUGUUCCUUUUCGUCUGAACAUGAGUAAGUGUUAUUUUGCAUUUACCAGUUUGUAAAACUAAAGAUGGUUUAUGUUGGAGUGUUUUCAUUAUAAAAGUUCAAAGUGAUUGCAGAGUUAA